AUGAGCCCCACACAUUCCCAGAGAAGGGCCCGGGAGGACGCCAUCUUGCGGAGGUUGCUGCAGGCCCAGGCUGGGGGCGCCGGCCCGCCCGCCGAGUUCGCGGCCUUCCUGACCCGCUGCUUCGUGUGCCGCGUGCGCUGCCUGCUGGACAGCACGUCGGGCUUCCUGAACCCGGCUGAGGUGCGCAUGCUCGGGCAGCCGCACUGCGCGUGCGCAGAGCAUCCUCGCCCUUGCGAUGACCGCGAGGGCACGUGUUUCGGGAACAGAAGGUGUGGGGACCGAGGGGGCACCUGCCGCCUUGGCGCAGCGCGCAUGUUCUCCAUUGGGUUUUGUGAGCAUUCGGUGGAGGCGGAUGAGGGACGGAGCAAUGGGGAGAACGGCAUCCUGGUGGCCAGAGCGCACACGGACGCUGACCACUGGGCCCGGGCUCCCGUCAGGGCCCCAUGCCUGUGCCUCGGUGGCGGCGACCUCGUCCUUGACCCCGAGGGAGGCGCAGGGGACAGAGAUGAAGACGCGCCCGGAGGGGUGCUGGCGGGCUCCUCGGGAGCCAGGGGCCCCAGGGAAGUACACACGUACCAUUGCCGCUUCGAAGCAGCGGGGAAGAUGAGGUCUCUCAACUGGACGGCAGAGAGGCACAGCCAGGGCAGCGUGAAGCUGGAGCCCGAGCCCGCAGGGAGCGCCCCGUUCUGCGCGCGGGGUGAGCCCGCCGGGGGCCUCUGCGCGCCCUACCCGGGCGUCCAGGCCACUUUCCAUGCCAGCGCGCUCCCUGCUUUCAGAAAUGCGCCGAGCACCCAACCGCUGGACCGUGCCCCCAGUGUCCACUGCGGCCGCACCAGCAGGCCCUGGCGGCACUGCGACCAGGCCCUGGUGGCGCCCCCCACCAGCUGUCGCCUCCCCCAGGGCAGCCUGGGGAACGGGGUCCCUCCCCCUGCGGCACGGCCUUUCCCCGUGGGGGGCUGUCCCGCAGAGGCCGCCAAGUCGCGAAGGGCGCCAGUGCCUCCGGGAGCCGUGUGCAACCUGAUGCUGUCGCCGGACGUGUCCAUCAAAGUGGAGAAGGACUCUGCGUCCGAGGACACGUUGGACGGCUACACCGUGUCCCCGAGCCACGGGUGGCUGGAAGCCAGUGACCUGGCCAAGGGCCGGCCGGCCGAUUUCCCUAACAACAUGCACCUGAAGACCGAGCCGGACCUCCUCGGCCACCUGCCCCCGUGCGCGGACUCCAGGCGCCUGGCCUACGCCCAGCCCCUGGGGCCCAGCGUGCUGGGGCCGCACCCCAACGGCAGGGCCGCCGCCAGGCCCGGCGCCUUCUGCCCAGCCACCUGCCAGGACCCCGGCGCGCGCCACCACCCGAGCCCGCUGCGCCUCGACUGCAGGGUGCCCGGGGCCGCGCCCGUGGUCAAGCGCGAGCCCCUGGACUCGCCGCCGUGGGCCGCGCACAGCCAGGGCGGGCUGCCCGAGAUGCUCCCCAAAGGCGCCCUGGCACCAAUGGCGCCGCCCAAAGCUCCAGGGUGCACGUUCCUGCCGUAG